AUGGAGGCAGGUCCUAUGGAGAUAGAUGAGAUUGCUGAUAUUGCCAAUCAAACCUUCACUUUGUAUAAGCUUGGCCCCAUCUUUGAAUUUCACAAAUCAAGCAUGGCAGCCAAAGAAAAGACGUUUGCUUUACAACUAUGCCACAAUUUAAAGCUGCACGAUGGACGAAAGACACGAAGAAGCACAAAAAGGAACAAGUCCAAAGAUGAUUUUGAUGGUGAUUUACGUAAAUUGGAUAUUGACAUCAUUCAUCUGCAAGAUAUCAAAUCCUACGAUCCAGAAGUCAAGCCACUACGAUUUACCUUUGAGAUUCUGCAAUACGGUGACGAUAAACUAUCUCAGUACUCAUUCUACAUGCUGCCAUCACCUCAGGUUCCCAAAAACGAGAAGCGUCCAGGCGUAUUAGUGUAUUAUCCAUUGUUGCUGAUCAAAGCACCACAACGUCUACGACAGGAAAUCAUCACCUGGUUUGAAAAAAGAUAUGUAGCAGCAUGUACACCUUUGUUUAUGUAUCCAGCGACCAUGGUAGAUGCAGUGCAUGUUUGGAUCGACUCGAUAUUGGAUAUAGAGGAGAACCUAAAAGCCCACAUACAUGUGCCUGAGCAGAUGUUGAGACCACCCUUGGUAUUGGAAUAUCAGACAGGAGAUGAAGACAUGUCGAAUGUUAAAUUGCGUAUUUCACGGACACAAGCUCUUGCUAUUUGCAAUCGUAUACCCAACCGUAAACAAUUUAUGCGUGCUUUUGAAAAGCAUGUUGAGAAGACGACACAUGUCAGGCUGGACACAUUGACACUGAACCGAGUGACAAGCUCAAUUGCAACUGUACGUAAAAAUGGAUAUGUAAAGAUCAGUCCUCAUUCAUACAAGGCUUUUGCUGUGCGCUUACUUCAAGUGUGGAUCGAUUUAGCUGUAGAAAAACUGUACAAAAAUGUCUAA